UGUGGCGUCAGCCGUGCGCGCCGCGAAGCGCCGGACAAGCCGCAUGGCUGCGGGUUGUGUGGAGUCCCCGCGGCCCAAGGCGGCCUCCGUGGCGGGUCCGGCGGGGGCUCUGCCCUGUCUGGAGCUGCCGAGCUACGCCGCGGCGUGUGAGCUGGUGAGCAGCCGCUAUUCCUGCCUGGUGGCCGCCCCGCACCGCAGGCACAUCGCUCUGUCGCCUCGCUACCUGAGCAGGAAGCGCACGGGCAUCCGCGAGCAGCUGGACGCCGAGCUCCUGCGCUACUCCGAGAGCCUUUUAGGUGUCCCUGUUGCCUAUGAUAACAUCAGAGUUGUGGGUGAACUGGGAGAUAUUUAUGAUGAUCAAGGACAUAUUCAUCUUAACAUUGAAGCAGAUUUUGUUAUUUUCUGCCCUGAACCAGGGCAGAAGUUAAUGGGUACAGUUAAUAAAGUAUCUUCUAGUCAUAUUGGCUGCUUAGUACAUGGGUGUUUUAAUGCCUCUAUCCCUAAGCCUGAGCAGAUGUCGUAUGAGGAAUGGCAGACCUUGGAGAUAAAUGUAGGUGAUGAACUAGAAUUUGAUGUAUUUCGCUUAGAUUCAGAUUCUGCUGGAGUAUUCUGCAUUCGAGGAAAACUGAAUACCACAAGUUUGCAACUUAAGAGCUCUGUAGUUUCUGAAGAUAUAGCAGAAGUUGGCAUUGAAGAGGUUGAUGAAAAAACUUCAAAGAAGAAAAAGAAGAAGAAGAAGAAGAAGAAGAAGAAAGACACAGAAGUAUAUGCAGCCGUUGAUGGUGUCAUAGAGCUAUCAAAUGGUGCAGAUGUCACUCCAGAGGAAGGAACAGACCUACUAUAUGGUGAUUCUGUGAGUGACCUCUGUGAAGAAGAGCCUAAGAAGAAGAAAAAGAAGAAGAAAAGGGACCAGGAGGAUCAGGACCCUAUUUUCCAAGCCAGUGACUCCAGUGGCUACCAAAGUGACCAUAAGAAGAAAAAAAAGAAAAGGAAACACACUGAAGACAUUGACGUUGCGUCACCUAAGAAGAGGCAGUGACUGUCUUUUCUGUUGUUGACAUACUUACAUAUAGAUGAAUAGAUGUUGUGACAGGCAGGAAAUGCUGAGAUGUAUGGGAAGUGCACAAACACUUGAUUAGUUUAGUAAUUGGAGGGUUUUGUACUAAAAUCAUACAAGUGACUAUGUAAAUUUUAGAUAAACCAGGAUUAUCAAGUAUCAUUUUAUUAUAUACAGUAUAAAAUGUUAACAACUGUUUUCACUCCUGUGUCAGAUGUUAACGUUCUGCAUAAAGGUUUACAUUCGCAAUAUUUGCCAAAGAACUUAUAAUACUUUCAAUUUUUUUCUGGUAUUGAAAAUAUGCCUUUUAGUCAGAACAUGAUUUUUUAUUUUUAAAAGUUUAAUUCAUUUACCAGUUUUAAAUUUCCCUUAAACAGUCUUUCUGUUUUAUUGAAUAUGUAUAGCUAAAGAAUAUCUAGAGCUCUUCUGUACCCUGUGCCUGUUAGUGUUGAAUGUCUGGUAGGUGGGAAACUCAUUUUCUCCUCGCAGGGGAGAGAGAGAGAGAGAGAGAGAGAGAGAGAGAGAGAGAGAGAGAGUUUUCUUUAACCCUGAGACUGUAAUGGGAAGGGCUGUUAACUUUUACCUCAUGUUUCUACAGUUUUCCUUUUGUUAUGUAUGGAUCAUGAGCAAGAUGAAGAUAGGAUAAUGUGGUUCUUACUAAUUGAAAAUUUCCAGUAAGUUUUUAAUGAUUAGGGUUAGGCUACUAGAAUUGCUUUGAGGAAGAGACAACCAUUAUUGCUUUUAUUGAUAAAAGUGUGGAAUACGUUGUGACUACUGAGAAGAUGGUUAUGAGAGGGUUAGCUGAUUGAGGCUCAUAAUCAAUCCAUAGCUAUGCAUCUACAGACAUUUAAUGUCUAUAAUGUAUUUUAUUGAAGAACAAGGAUAUAAAGUCAAUCAAGAGAUGUAAUUCUUCCUCCAUUAAGCAACAUGGGAGAAACAUUUGUAUGCACACAGCAUAAUUAAGGAACUAUUAAAAGGCUAGUAAUUGUAGUAAAUACCAUGAAGAAAACGUUGACCACUCUUUACUUUAGCAUCUGUACAUACACAGGGGUAGGUUUCCAUGUCAAUCACUGCUCUUGUCCCCGACUGAGUGGCAGACAUAGUGUGAGCAUUAAUGUUUGAUAAAGAGUGAAUUUUGCCAACUGUGUUUCUUGAUUUAAUCUGUGGUACAGAGUCUAAGGAAUGGGAGCUGAAGUGUGCAGAUAGAACUGGAGGGGAGGUCCAAACAGUCUCUCCGAACUAUGACUUCCAAAUUGACACAGGUUGUCAAUCAGUAUGAAAGAGGAGAUUCUAAAGAAGUACAAAAACACAAAGAUUGUAAAGUGUCUUGGUAUUUAUAUUGGUGAAAUUUUAACAUUUUUGCUACUUUUUUGCUUAACAUUUUUGCUAUGGUGAUUUAAGUAAAAUAAUAAUUUUGCCUGUUUCGAAAUAAAAAUUAUACAUGAGGCUCACGUUAACCUUUUUUUGGACAGUGCUAUUUAGAUGAAUAUUUAAGUUGAAAAGGGAUUGAAAUAAGUUUUAAUUUGAUGUAACAUAUCCAGAAAAUGUUCAGUAAAUGUCUCCUUCAUA